UAUCAUAAAGUUUAUUUUUUAUUAAUGAAUUCAGUAAUUAAUUUAUAUUUUAUUUAUUAUAUUUUUCUAUGUCCACGAAAAUUUAUAAUAGGUGUGUUGUGCCAUAAGUUGGAAAAAGGAACGAAGAAUAUCCUCCAAUUAACUUCACAGUUUUUUCCGUAAGAAAUGUACAUAAAUAAAUAAAUAAAUUUUAAAAUUGAAUUAAAUAAAAAAUUAGUUGAUAACACAUAAAUUUUCUCGGUGACUAAAUAAUGAUGAUAAUAAUAUUUAUUAUUAUAAUCACAAAUAAAAUCAUAAAAUAUAUAAAGAUAGUUCGACAGGACAGGAAAAACAUGAAGACGGCGCAACUAUUAGGACCGACGAGCGGCCGUUCCCCCUUCUGAGAAACAAAACCUGCAACAGCAAAGCCUUCCCUUGGGUAAUCUCCAUUAGUAGCAGCAGUAUUGAGGAAGGUUGAUUGCAGAUGGGAUGGAUGUUGAUUAUCAUAUCAAUUUUCGUCGUCUGGGUAGCUUCUCUUUGCAAGAUCUUCUCCUCCCACUCUAAACCCACCUUUUUAAAUGAUGGUCCAGCUUUUCACAGGAGAAAUGUCUUGCUGGUUGUUGCUCACCCUGAUGACGAAUCAAUGUUCUUUUCACCAACAAUUAGCUACUUGACUUCAAGAGGGCACAAUCUUUACCUACUAUGCUUGUCUGUUGAAGAGAUGCCACUCUCAUUUCUCCUCUUUUCGCUUAUGGUGGUUAAUCCAUUUUCCUUUGCCAAGUGGGAAUUUUUUUGGUAUUACCAUGGAUUAUCUGUCCAGCCACCUUCUAUGUCCUGUCAAAAGGGAAAAGAAUAUGGUAACGCAGAUGGCAUGGGAAGCAUUAGAAAAGAUGAGCUCUAUCUUGCUUGCGCAGUUCACAAGGUUCAACUUCAACGAGUGAAGGUUUUGGACCACCCGGAUUUGCAGGAUGGUUUUGGCAAAGUCUGGAACCAUGAUUUAUUGGCAAAGAUUAUUGAAGAGGAGGUUUACAGUCAUGGCAUUGAUGUGCUUAUUACAUUUGAUAGCUAUGGUGUUUCUGGUCAUUGCAACCAUGGUGAUGUGCAUUAUGGGGUACGCAAGUUCUUGCAUGAUUCUUCACCAAGAAAUAUCGAAGCCUGGGAACUUGUGAGUAUCAACAUUUUGCUCAAGUAUAGUGGACCACUUGACAUUUGGUUGUCAACUUUAGAUUCCACGCGACAUCCUAAAGGGGUAAUGCAUUGCUUGCUUAAUGAGCAUCCACGGAAGAGCUUCCUUGCAAUGGCGCAACACUCAAGCCAAUGGGUUUGGUUCCGUAAGCUUUUUGUUUCAUUUUCCAGUUAUACCUACGUUAAUACUCUCAGAAAGAUCAAGUGAUUAUAGAUGGACUUGAGGACAAAGCUCCUACGGAUUUGUGCCUGUUCAUAUGUGAGGUAAUUCUCUGCAGUAACCCAGGGAUUGCUACUUGUUAGAUAUACUCACUUGAAAUCUACAUCAUCCAUCCUCCAUCACAAACUUUAGCUUUUAUACUUGUGCUCGUAUCGGAAGGAUUCACAUCAGCAGUGAUGUUCGGAUGGAUAUUGGAGGCAGCCACUCUACUAGCUGUAGUUAAGAGACUUUGUUGUAAUUGAUUGCUUAUUCAACAUCUAAAACUUAGGGAAAAUGCACUUUUCUUGUCAGCAUUGCCUGCUCCAUUGUUAUAGUUUUAUCGAUAAAAUGUGGAUUUAUGAUGUUGUAGAGGAGAUGGAACCUGACUCUCCAUGUCAAACUUGUAAUAUAUUUGCGGAUUUUGACUCUCA